AUGAACGGGGGCGGCCACAGCCCGGACAGCCAGGCGGCGGCGGAGCCGGUGCGGUCGCGGUGGACGCCGAAGCCGGAGCAGAUACUGAUCCUGGAGUCCAUCUUCAACAGCGGGAUGGUGAACCCGCCCAAGGACGAGACCGUCCGCAUCCGCAAGCUCCUCGAGCGCUUCGGCGCCGUCGGCGACGCCAACGUCUUCUACUGGUUCCAGAACCGCCGCUCCCGCUCCCGCCGUCGCCAGCGCCAGCUUCAGGCACAGGCCCAAGCGCAGGCGCAGGCUCAGGCCCAGGCACAGGCGUCGGGCGCCUCCUCUGGAUCGCCACCCGCGCCUGGAGGCCACGGCUCGACGUCGCUGGGGCUGUUCGCGCACGGCGGCGCGGCACACAGCUCGUCCUCGUCCUCGUCUUCAUGGCCGCCCUCGCCGCCGUCGGUGGGGAUGUUGGGAGAUGUGGAGUGCGGUGGCGGCGGCGACGACCUGUUCGCCAUCUCGCGGCAGAUGGGGUACAUGGACGGCGGCGGCGGGUCCGGAUCGUCGGUUUCGGCAGCCGCGGCACAGCAGCAGCAGUUCUACUACUCGUGCCAACCUGCGGGCAUCACGGUGUUCAUCAACGGAGUUGCGACGGAGGUGCCAAGGGGCCCGAUGGACCUGCGUUCCAUGUUCGGGCAGGACGUGGUGCUCGUCCACUCCUCCGGCGGCCUCCUCCCCGUCGACGACUACGGCGUCCUCAUGCAGAGCCUGCAGAUGGGCGAGAGCUACUACUUGGUCACGAGGUCAAAUUGAGCCGGUCUGAUUGCUCCUUGGAUACGCAUGCAUUGCUGUAGGUUUCAGCUAAUAUUGAAGCGAACGUACGGAGGGAUAAGACAUAGUGUGGAAUGGAAUUGGUGAUUGCACACGGUGGGUCGAGAAGCUAGCAAGCAGUGAACCGUCGACCAUGCCUGAUCGGUAUACACGAGUAUAGAUAGAUAUAGCGGCAAAUGCAGAUAUAGUAGUGCACCGGCCACCAUGUGUCCACGACUGUCUCCACAUAUAUCCACCUAUAUAUACAGCCAAUCAUCCCCAUACCACAUUGCAGCCAAUUCACGACCGAUCCUAGUGUCUAGUGUGUAGUUCCUGUACCUUUCCC